CCCGGGGCUCCGUCUGGCAUCUCUGGACGCCGCACCUCUCGAGAGAAGUACUUUGGUGACGCACGGUAACGGGUGGCAAAAAUCCUCCACGGUGGAAUUUUAAUAUCGUUUAACAGUGUACCUGAACUAGUUCUACGUAAUGGGCGACUCCGACGACGAGUACGACAGAAAGAGAAGAGACAAAUUUAGAGGGGAGAGGACAGAAUCCUAUUCCAGAGAAGGUCGUAGAGACGACAGACGAAGAGAUGACUGGGUGGACAGGAAUUAUUUCAGAGAGUGGUCCAGUCGUCCUAGACAACGUCCAGACUACAGGGAAUAUCGCGGUGGCGGAGGUGGUGGACGCGACAGAUACAGUCCAGCCAGAUCGCAAGAGAUGGCACCUCCGAUGAAACGAAUGAGGACCGAUUGGGACGAUCGACCAAGAUACGGGCACGAUUAUUACGGCGGUGGAGGAGGCGGUGCAGCUUCGUGGGGACCGGACCAUUAUCCGCCACCCCAUCAUGGCAAUCAUCACUAUGGAAACCAUGGUAACAGUAGCAGCCGCGAGGUGGCUGGCAACUUCAGCAAUUCCAAUGUCGAAACCCAACCGCCGAUGAUGACGUUCAAAGCAUUCCUUGGGACACAAGAGGACACGAUUACCGACGAGGAAGCUAUUAAACGCUAUAACGAGUAUAAACUGGAAUUUAGGAGGCAACAGUUGAACGAAUUCUUCGUAGCUCACAAGGACGAGGAAUGGUUUAAAAUAAAAUACCAUCCGGAAGAGUCGGUGAAGAGAAAGGAGGAACAGGUGUCAGCCCUUAAGAAACGCGUCGAAGUUUUCUUGGAAAUGCUCGACAUUGAGGAAAUCGACAAAGUUUCGGUAGACGCUGACCAGGCUGACGCAUUGUUGCACUUGCUAGACGCGGUGGUUAUUAAAUUAGAGGGCGGUACCGAGGAAGAUUUACAAGUGUUGGACGUGAAGUCAACGAAUCCAAUUUUAUCCAAGGACACGAUCAGGGACAAAGAGGACGCGAAGAGUAAAGUCGGGGCUGAAAAGAAGGUUGAGAACAGCGACGCGAAUAAAACGGACGAGGCCUCGCGUACAGAGAAAACGUUAAAAAAUGGACAGGGCGCGGAUGGCGAAACGAAGAACGUGGAAAAGGACGAGAACUCGACGGAGAAGGCUGAGAAACCGGAAGCUGGUACAGAAGACGCGAAGAAGGACGACGACGUAGAUGAGAUAGCAGGUAAAACGGAGGAAGUUAACACUACUAAAAAGAGGAAGCGUACAGAGAGCAACAGUAGCAGCAGCAGCAGCAGCAGUAGCAGUAGCUCGUCUGGUAGCGACAGUAACAAAGCUGACACGCCAAAAGAGGAAGCUACUGUUGCUGAGAAGGCAGACACCAGCAACGAGAACGCAGAGGCGCAGGAUAACAAAGAGGAGGAUCGGGAGGCGGUUAAAACCGACGGUGAACUCCCGGAAUCUAAGAAAUCUACGAUCGAGCCGGAAGCUGUGAUCGAUCUGGCCAGCGAAGAUAAGGAGAAAGAACCUAGAGCCUUGCACAAGACCAGCAGCAUCUUCCUUCGUAAUUUGGCGCCCACGAUCACGAAGGCGGAAGUCGAAGCGAUGUGCAAGCGCUUCCCUGGAUUUUUACGAGUUGCCAUAGCGGAUCCUCAGCCGGAAAGGAGAUGGUUCAGAAGGGGAUGGGUGUCGUUCGAGAGACAAGUGAACAUAAAAGAGAUAUGUUGGAGCUUGAAUAAUAUUCGCCUGCGCGAUUGUGAACUGGGUGCUAUAGUGAACCGAGAUCUGUCGCGUCGCAUACGCACGGUGAACGGUUUGACGUCUCACAAGCAGAUAGUGCGACACGACAUCAAGCUGAGCGCGAAGAUCGUGCACAACUUGGACAACAGGGUCGGUCUGUGGAACGAGGAGAAGAAGGACGAUCACGCGUCGAAGCAGGAAGACGACAACAAGGAGAACAGAAGCGCGCAAAAUGCCCGCGACGUCGAGCAAGCGGCGUUUGGAUUGUCGUCGAAGAAUCCAGUAUUGAAGAACAUAACCGACUAUCUGAUAGAAGAGGCAUCGGCAGAGGAAGAGGAAUUGUUAGGGAUGUCUGGUGACCAGGAGGAAGGUCAACUUGGAGGCGACGGGGAUGGCCCGAUCGAAAGAGACCCGACUCUCGUCACGGUUUUGGACAGAUUGAUUUUGUACCUGCGUAUAGUCCACUCAGUCGAUUAUUACAACCAUUGCGAGUACCCAAACGAGGACGAGAUGCCCAACAGAUGCGGCAUAAUGCACGUCAGGGGAUCGCCACCGACCGCCAAGGUGUCCAGUACCGAGUUAUCGGAGUACUGUCGUAAUUUCGAGAGCAAAAUGUCCGCGUUCCUGCAGCCAGUGGCUACCCUAUCGCAAGAAGAGUUCGAUAAACUCGGUGCUAAAAAUGCUGAAGCUGAGGUGGAGAAGUUCGUCCAAGCCAACACUCAGGAGCUGUCCAAGGACAAAUGGUUGUGCCCGCUCAGCGGGAAGAAGUUCAAAGGACCGGAUUUCAUACGGAAACAUAUCUUCAACAAACACGGGGAGAAAGUGGCCGAGGUGAAGGCGGAGGCGGAGUAUUUCAACAAUUAUCUGAAGGACCCGAAGAGGCCACAACUUCCUGAACAUCCUGGGAACAAAGCACCGCCGAGAGAAGGCGUACGCGAAGGAUUCAACCCUUACGGUUGCACCACGUUCGGGAGUUAUGGCGGAAGCGGUUAUGGCGGUAACAGAGGAGGAUACGGGUCCAGCUAUGGCGCAGGAUUCGGCGGAGGAUUUGGGAUGCCGCGUCCCAGUCGUGGUGGUUUCAAUAGAGGACGUGGCGGUGGAGGAGACUUCCGGCCAGUCAUACAUUAUCGCGAUCUCGACGCACCGAGAGAGCCGGACGAAUUCCUAUAAGUCUCUUCGCACGCGUGGCAAAGAAAAGUAACGAGGAUCCAGGGAACGCACUUAUUUCGGGUAAACGGAACAACCGUUGUCGUGUCAUGGCGAAAGUAACGUUUCAAACCAACGUAACUACAUAUGUCUGUACAUAUUUGUCGCACCGAUAACCUUCCAUUUAGACAAAAUGAUUUAAGUGGAGUUUCCCUCAAGGACACGAUGUCACGUAUACCCACGAAGACUUUAUACGAAUGUAUACAAAAAAAAAAAAAAAAAAAUACAUAGUUAAGUAUACAUAGUUUUUUUUUAGAUGUGUACAAACGCGAUGCGCAAGUAGAAAAAUUGCGCAUCGAAUAGAUCUCUCGUUUUAUGAUACCCGAUUAACACGUAUCAGCAUAUACGUUCA